UUCAGGUUUUUAAUUUGUUUUACAGCUCUCAUUACCUCCACCUUUCUCGCACAGCUUCAACCACCAGAGCCGACUUCAGAUUUUUGAGAGAGUAUCAUCAAAUCAACGUUAAUCGGCUUUGCCCUUAACAGAUCAUAGCAUAGCUCCCGCGUUUUCUUCAGACGAAUUAGGAAAUGGUUGGAAGGCAUGGAGAGUUUUGAUUUGCGUCUUAAGAUAUCAUGUCGCAGUGCGUUGAUGGUUUCAAGCAUUUAUGCACCUCUGUUUUAGGGUGUUUUGAUCUUGAUUUGUAUAAACAGUCUGGUGGCCUUGGAGACCCUGAGUUGCUUGCAAGAGACACUGUUUUUAGUGUGAGUGAAAUAGAAGCUCUUUAUGAGCUCUUUAAGAAAAUCAGCAGUGCCGUCAUUGAUGAUGGGCUAAUAAACAAGGAAGAGUUUCAGUUGGCUUUGUUUAAGACAAAUAAAAAAGAGAGCUUGUUUGCAGAUCGGGUUUUUGAUUUGUUCGAUACAAAGCACAAUGGAAUACUCGGGUUUGAGGAGUUUGCCCGUGCUCUCUCCGUGUUUCACCCAAAUGCACCUAUAGAUGACAAAAUCCACUUUUCAUUUCAGCUAUAUGAUCUUAAACAGCAAGGGUUCAUCGAACGGCAAGAGGUGAAACAAAUGGUUGUAGCUACGCUUGCUGAAUCUGGAAUGAAUUUGAAGGAUACUGUUAUAGAGGAUAUAAUCGACAAGACGUUUGAGGAAGCAGACACAAAACAUGAUGGAAAGAUCGAUAAGGAAGAGUGGAGAAGCCUUGUUCUUAGACAUCCCAGCCUUCUGAAGAACAUGACUCUUCAGUAUCUCAAGGAUAUCACAACUACAUUUCCAAGCUUUGUGUUCCAUUCUCAGGUUGAAGAUACCUGAGAAAAACAAAAACAAGCAGCAAGACAUUGUUGUACUGUUGAAGGUUGUUCUUUCGUUAUGGUUUUUGACUUCUUUCAUCUCUAAAUCUCUAAAUCUCUAAAUCUCUGAACUCAUUUAUUCUUUAUGGAACUUUUUUUGUGAAGCAAAAUUCCCUUCUUUGUCCUUUUUUGGAUUUCGGUCGGCCUAUCUGUAGAUACAACUUUUGCAUGUUGACCUUAUGAUAUGUAAAGUUUUUUUAAAGUUUAUUAAUCCAAGUAAAAAGAUUUGCUUCAA